UUUUAAUUUUUCAGAACUCCAAUAUUUCACGAUGAAUAAUUUCAAUCGGUUUCCUUCUUCAUCACCUAGGCCAAUUUUUCCUGCCUAUGAUAGAGAUUAUCUAUCCCGUACUUCUAAUCAAUCACCAUUUGAGCAAACACAUCACCAUUCAAACAAGUUUGAUUUGGGUAGAUCAAUUUACAGUGCAGGUGGAUCUGUGCCAAUGCCUGGAAGUACUAGGGACUUUUCUGGUUCAUUUAACACGCAGCGAUUCCAGUCUCCUCAAGAAAUGCAUGCCAAAUAUCUUUCUAAAGACUAUAAACAUGGGUCUGAAACUAGACUACCUCCUGAGUUUUCUGAAGCAAAUGCUAGGAAGGGUCUUGAAAGACAAGAAAACGAUCAUUUUCCUUCUCAUUCUCCCCCAAAUGCAUUUCUAAAUCACUCGCAAAGCAAAGUUCGUGAUUAUCGAGAUAAUUAUUUAGAUGAUAGAGAUCAUGGUAUGUUUGAAAAUAAUUUUAGCCCCCUCAAUACUCGUUUCAAAAGAAUUAAUGUUCCUCCUGCAACCAAUGAAAGAAAAUUAAUUAACCCUGUUAAUUUUGAAAAUGAUCGAAAUUUUAUGUCUCAAAACUUUAACAAUUCCUUGAAGGAGACAAACGAUGUUCAAAGUGCAAAACUGCCCGGUGAAUCUAUUUUGAUGCGAGUUCAAGAAAUACAAAACUUGCAAAAUUUACUGAAACUGAGUAAUGAUCUGUCUUUAAUCGAUGAAAUUUCUUCAAAUAGCUCUCAACAUUCCCCAGCUGUUUUCGAUGAAAAUUCGAUUGGAAAAAAUAUCGACAGAAAUAUUAAACAGCAUAACAACUUUGCCUCAGUGAAAGACGCUUUCAAAAAUGCAGAAUAUAGUGAAGAAUCAUAUAAAUGUGAAAACUCCAAAAGUAAAUUUUUCGAAACUUUCAAAUCAACGAAAUCACUCAGUGAUGCAAAAAUUUUAGGCGAUAAGAAAUUUGUAAAAAAUAACCGAUGUGAUAUUCAAGAGAAUGACUUAUACAGCGAUUCUCUACAAGUCCCAAAAAAAGUAAUUGAAAAUAGAAUUACCGAAAUGUUGACUGAUAUUCCUAAAGUUUCACGACACACAGAACCUGUAUUUUCCACUAGUUUCUUAUUUGAGAAAUCACCAAGUAGUUGUCCUAUUAAAAAAGAUGAUGAUGAAGACUUGUAUUCAUCAAUUGAUCAAAAAACCUCCAAUAACGAUCCCUAUAUUAAUCCUGACUUACAUUCAGAGUGGUUCCAGUCUCCAAAAUCACAAUUACGACCUACAACAUUCAGUUCAAAAUUAAUUGAAGAUGCUGAUUGGUCUACUAGUAGAACAAUUCCAUUUUUAUAUGAAACACCUGAGGAUAAACUGGUUAAUAAAUUGAAAGGAGAAGCUUCUGUGUUUCAGGUUGGAACUUCUUCCAGAAGUAUCAGUGGUCAAAAUUCAUCUCAAGAAACUGGCGAAAGUGAUAGUUGUAAAUCAUAUUUAGAAGAAGCAAUUGAUGUUUUAGUAGAAAAAGAAGCUGUUGUAGGUUUAGAUUACAUUAUUGAAUACAAGAAUAUGGUUUCAAAGAAAGGAAGUUUGCCUUUUUCUUGUAAACUCUGCAAUUCGUCAAUUGGACGUCUAACAGUUGUGGCACAUGUUAUAGGAUCUAAACACAGACUAAACUAUUUGAAAGCUAAAGACGAAGAGACAUAUAAAAAUAUAAUGAGUCGAAAACUGAAAAUUAAGGAAAAAGAUGCAAAAAUAUCUGAAGCUAUUAUUCCAUUAGAAAAGCGCUAUGGCAGAGGAAGAGUCAUUGUCCAAAUAAAAGAAAUCAAAGCAGAGGAAGAAUUACCAAUUCCAGUGGAUAGUUUAAUAGAAGUAGUUGAGGACAGCAGUAUGACUGCUGCUUCUAAUGAAGAUGCUAAGAGGGUUACUGACUAUACAAACUCUUCCAUUAAACGAUCCAUGUCAGAAAAUGAUGAAGCAGUUAAGCUGCUGAAAGUUGAAAGAGAAGAAGAUAUGCAGAGGCAGAUUUCUGGAUUGGAUAGUAAGAUACAUGGUACAGUUGUUAAUGAUUCCCAAACUGAACAAAAUAGCCAAGAUUCCAAGGGAUUUACUGAUGAAACACAUGAUAAGUCUGCUAAUUUAGAUGACCAGAAGGAAAUGGAGGUUGCACCAGAGUCUGACAAUUUUGAUAUUUCUUGGCUUUUAAAUGCACUGGCUAACCAUAGCAUAUCAUCUGAAGAGGAAGCUGACACAGUAUCCAAAGUUAUCGGAGUAUUGUUAAAGUCUCUGCUUCAUUUCAAAUUGCAAACAUUUAAAAAUGUUAAUCUAGAGCAAUUGAUGGCAUCUCUUUCUAAUGGAUCUGAAGAAGCAUUGUUAAAGCUUCUGGCAUUGUUAGAAAGUAAUCAACAAGAAGCACAGAAAAUAAACAUUGAUAUUGUCACUGAGACUGAAACUUCUUCAAAUAGCUGUGACAGGAAAAUUUCUUCACUUAAUCCAUGUAGCAGUGUGGAAACUAGUGAUGUUGCUAGAGAACACAGUAAUGAAGAUAAAAACAAUUCACCAAUCAAAGACACUGCAGAAAUGUCUAACGUGUUGGAUACUUUACCAGUUUUACCUUCAUCUGGUUCUGUUGCUAUACCCGACAAAGUUGCAUCAAUCUCUUCCACAAGUUCAGUUCCAACCUCCCAGCCUACUGUAGGUAGGGAUGUUUCAUCUAAUGCUGUGUCCUCAACUCCGGUUUCCCAGGUUGCACCAGUCACUGGUCUUGUACCACCACCAUUUUUUGGUUGGUCUAAUUCACCAGCAAGUACUUUAGCUAAUCAGUCACCUUCAAAAGCCCCUAGUAAUUUUGCUUGGGCAUCACCUUUCCCUAUGAUGCAAAUGCCUGGAAUGCCAUAUUAUCAGCAACCAGCAGGUGCUUUUCAGCAAUCUAUCGCUGCAUACUCUGGUUAUUCUCAAUAUGGUGUUCCUGUAUCCCAAAGUAAUACAGCAACAGGGAACUUUCCUCCUCCUAGAUUACCCUUAAUAUCACAACCUCCACCUCCUCCUCCCCUUCCACCUCCAAUGACAACUUCUAAUCAACCUCCUCUACCUUCAUCAAUUUGUCCCCCUCCACCCCCUUCAAUGCCACCCUUACCUCCUAUGUAUCCUCCUCCACCACCUCUGCCAUGAAAACGAAAUAAGUAGUAUCUAUAUUAAAGGUUUUGUGUAUGAAUAAAUUAUAAAAAUAUUUGAAAUUUGUAUUAAAUCUAAUUGAAUUGUAUUGCAAUAUUUUUGAAUUCGUGCAAAAAAAAGCUAUAGUUAUUUAAUUUAUUUAACUAAAUAUUGUUUAAAAUGUAAAAAUAAUUUGAUGAUUACUGUAAAUUGCUUUCUCUUUUAAUAAAAUAUCUAUUGUUGUUGGGUUUAAUUCUUCUAGUUAAGUAUAAUGAUGCCAUAAUUUCUUUGGUAGUAUUUUAUGUGAUGAUCUGUGUGUUUUGCAAGUAUUAUCUAAGUACUCAUUCUUCCUUUAAAUAAAAUAUAUUUUUUUCUCUUUAUGUUUUGUAUUUAUUUUAAAUAAAGAUUUAAAAUCUGUUUAUUUUUUAAUUGUUUUUCAUGUAUCAAUUAGUUUUAAUAUUUGACCAUUUAUUAAUCAAGUUAUUCUUAUUGUUGAUUUAUUCUAUAAUGAAAAAUAAGAAAUAAAAUAUAUUUCAAGUAUGGUAUUUAAUUACUUAUCAUUUUUUGGAUUGAAAUAAUUCGUAAUUAUAUCCAGAAUUGUUUUUAUAUUCAGUGCUUUUCCAAAACUAUUUUUACUGUAAUAUGAUUGAACAUCUGUCUAAUAAAAUAUGUUUCCAUUAUUUUA